UUUUAUUUUUGUGAGGAUUGGGGUUUGGCCGGAGGGGAAACAAAGGAGAGGAAUGCCGCUGGGUAAGUACUACUGUGACUACUGCGAUAAGCAGUUUCAGGACACCCCUUUCCACCGGAAACGCCACCUUCAGGGCCUUCUCCACCAGAAAGCCAAAGCUCUCUGGUACGCCUCCAUACCACGAGAUCCCAAUCAAGUAUCCCUACAAUCAUCAACUGUUGGACUCUGCCAUCGCUUCAUCCGAACGGGUUCAUGCCCAUAUGGUGAUUCAUGUAAAUAUGUUCAUCCCAAUCAAAACCUUCCAAACAUGAACAUGCAGGGUUUUGCAGUUACAAAUAGCAUUGAAACUCAAUUGCCAAGUUUCCCAGGGAGUCAGUCCAUUGAAAGAUCCUCACUCUCAGGCGGCAUGGUAGUAGAUAGGAUGGGUGUUAUGCUUGGAAAUUUACCUCCAUCGUUAAGACCACCACCAGAAGGUGGAUAUCCACCUCUUCCAUUUGUAGAUUGGGGAUAGGUUUGUGUUUUAUCAUUUAAAUACUUAAUUUUGUUGUAUAUGAAUGAUCAAAUACUUGAUAGUUAAUACAUGCACAUUAUCAAGUUGAUUGGAGUAUGAUAAACUAUUGGUUUUGUUUAUUGGGU